GAAGUCCACGAGGAAGAACACGGCGGAGACUAUGAUGAAGAGAAGCCCAAACCAAAACUGACUGCACCAAAGAUCCCAGAUGGCGAGAAAGUGGACUUUGAUGAUAUCCAGAAGAAGAGGCAGAACAAGGACUUGAUUGAGCUGCAGUCCCUGAUCGAUAAUCACUUUGAGGCACGCAAGAAGGAGGAGGAGGAUAUCAUUGCCCUCAAGGACAGGAUUGAGAAGCGCAGAACCGAGAGGGCCGACCAGCAGAGGAUCCGGGCGGAGAAAGAGAAGGAGCGUCAGACAAGAAUUGCUGAGGAGAAAAUCAGACGAGAGGAGAUGGAUGCCCAGAGAAGGAUGGACGAUGACAUGAAGAAGAAGAAGGCUCUGUCCAGCAUGGGCGCCUCCUACAGCAGCUAUCUUGCCAAGGCUGACCAGAAGAGAGGCAAGAAGCAGACCGCCCGUGAGAUGAAGAAGAAGAUUCUGUCCGACAGGCGCAAACCCCUGAAUGUUGACCACAUGAAUGAAGACAAGCUCAGGGAGAAGGCCAAGGAAAUGUGGGACUGGCUGUACGGUCUGGAAUCUGAGAAGUUCGAAAUGAGCGAGAAGCUGAAGAGACAGAAAUAUGAGAUCACGACCCUCAGGAACAGAAUCGAUCAGCUCCAGAAGCACAGCAAGAAGGGAGCCGCUGGAGGCAAGGGCAAAGUUGGUGGACGCUGGAAGUAA